UAAAAAUGGGAGCUUGUAUGGCUUUAUGUUCACUCGCGAGCUGUGUUUCGUGUUUGUGUGGCUCUGCGCCGUGUCUUCUGUGUGGGUGCUGUCCUUCAUCCAACAAUUCUACAGUCACACGUCUGAUCUUCUCCUUCUUCCUGUUGCUCGGCACACUCGUAUCUGUAAUUAUGAUCCUGCCUGGCAUGGAGACUCAGCUUCGCAAGAUUCCUGGUUUCUGUCAAGGUGGGAGCACUAUACCAGGGAUUGAGAACCAGGUUCACUGUGAUGUGAUUGUGGGCUACAAAUCUGUGUAUCGGAUGUGCUUUGCUAUGGCCUGUUUCUUUUUCUUCUUCGCUGCUCUCAUGAUUCGGGUACGAAGCAGCAAAGAUCCUCGGGCUGCCAUUCAAAAUGGAUUUUGGUUCUUUAAGUUUCUAAUUCUGGUUGGAAUUACUGUUGGAGCUUUCUUCAUCCCUGAUGGCACCUUCCAUAAUGUGUGGUUCUACUUUGGCAUUGUGGGCUCCUUCAUUUUCAUCCUGAUCCAGCUGAUCCUGCUGAUUGAUUUCGCCCACUCCUGGAAUGAGGUUUGGGUGAGGAACGCUGAGGAGGGAAACAAGGGCUGGUUUGUGGGUCUUUUGUUCUUUACCAUCCUGCACUUUGCCCUUGCCUUGGCUGCUGUGGUGCUGUUCUACCUGUACUACACCAAACCUGACGGCUGCACUGAGCACAAGAUCUUCAUCAGCUUGAACCUUAUUUUCUGUUUCAUCGUCUCUGUGGUGUCCAUUCUGCCCAAAGUACAGGAUGCCUCUCCUCAGUCUGGUCUGCUGCAGUCAUCUCUCAUCAGUUUGUACACCAUGUAUGUGACCUGGUCUGCCAUGACCAACAAUCCAAAUCGGCAGUGUAACCCCAGUCUGCUUAGCCUGGUAUCCUACUCGAACAGCAGCAUUGUGGAGCCUACACCAACCAGUGCACCGGGUACUGUGCAGUGGUGGGAUGCACAAGGCAUCGUGGGCCUAGUCAUUUUUCUCUUUUGCACUUUUUAUGCCAGUAUCCGCUCAUCCAGUAACGAUCAGGUGAACAGGCUGAUGCAGACAGAGGAAGGCAGAGGCUCAGAUGUUGAGGGGCCAGUGGGAGAAGAUGGACUGCGGCGUGUGGUGGAUAACGAGGAGGAUGGGGUCACCUACAGCUACUCGUUCUUUCACUUCCACCUCUUUUUGGCUUCACUCUACAUUAUGAUGACUCUCACUAACUGGUAUAAGCCUGACACUACUUCCCAGGCCAUGCUGAGUAGCAUGCCUGCAGUGUGGGUGAAGAUCUCCUCCAGCUGGCUGGGAUUGGCUCUCUACCUCUGGACCCUCAUCGCCCCAGUCAUUCUUCCCAGCCGGGAUUUCAACUGAGGCCCUACCUCGUGUGUUUGUAUGCACUAACAUGCAUAAUGCAUUGUGAGAAGUAUGUGGUGUUUAAGUAAUUGUGCUACAACGAUUAUGCUCUUACACUUGUAUUUUAGUGACUAAGUAUGUUUAUAGGUGCUUUUGAUUGUCUCUUUAUUGGUGCGGUAGUAUUCCUUAUGCAGGAUUCUUUUAAACAUACUGUUUGUAUGCUUGAAUGGAUACAUAUUGAAUAUGUAAACAUUACGCAAGCCUGCUAAAGUAUAUUUCUGAGAUAACGAUUUCAGUGUGCUAGUUAAAAGUCCAACUACUUUAGUGAUCUAUACAUAAAUAUAAAUAUUAAUAUGCAUGUUACUGCUGCUACAACUGAGCUCUACCUGAACGGAUUCCUCUUUACCGGAAACACAUUUCUCAAUCUGGGGUUUAAUCAUGAUAAUCAUGCACUUUGUCCUUUAGUAAUUUCAGCGUGAAUGUGGCCUGUGACACAUAGCUGGACUAAUUUGUGUUGGCAGUUUUCCUGUUCCUCCUUAUUGGAGCCCCAUAGAAGUCACAUGUGUUCGAGAGAUAAGCACACUUGAUGCAAGUGCAACACGUCACAUCACGCAUUACCAAGAGCUGUAAUACUAAACACUGAUCUGUAAUGCAAAUAUUGAUGGUGGUGCUUUUCCAACCGGUCAGAUGUGUUUUUGUAUGGUGGUAGAUCUGACACGGAUAAUCAUAUGUGCAAAACUGUGCUGUAUAGUGUCAUGCAAUAAUACAGAAAAACAUUUCAGUGCUGAAUAGGAAAAAAUAGGAGAUUGUGCCCUGGUAAAAGUGAAUGUCUUACUUCUUUUUAUUGUUAUUAGUGAUCUACAUUUCACACAUUGAUUCCCCAUAAUGUUGUAAGCUUUCAUUCCCAAAGCUAGUACAUUUACAUUUUCGGCAUUUAGCAGGCGCUUUUAUUAAGGUCCUUGCUCAAGGACCCAACAGUGGCAACCUGGCAGUGGUGGGGCUUGAACCGGCAACCUUCUGAUUACUAGUCCAGUACCUUAACCACUAGACUAUAACUGCCCUAGUAUGAAGCAUUACUUUAAUUUUUUAUUUUAUUUAUUAUUAUUUUUUAUAUCCUGGGCAGGGCCGCAGUGGGUCUACAUGACUGGCUAAAAUAUGUUCCUAAUAAAGUGGGCAGUGAUUGUAUAUGGGUAAUAUGUUUGUUUUUUACUACGCUAAUGAGAUGAGGUAAAAUCUUGUAUGAGUUACCAUAGUGUCACUCACCUUUCUAGAUUACCAUAGACUUGGAGGGUGUAUGUGCAUAUACACUGAUCAGCCAUAACAUUAAAACCACCUCCUUGUUUCUACACUCACUGUCCAUUUUAUCAGCUCCACUUACCAUAUAGAAGCACUUUGUAGUUCUACAAUUACUGACUGUAGUCCAUUGUAGACAAUGAUUAUUUUAUUUAUUAUUUUUUUUAUGUCCUGGGAAGGGUCGCAGUGGGUCCAGAUUUCCUCGGUCCAAUGCAGUAACACCCAGUACAGGCCUCUGCCUACAUCCCCCUCAGACACAGCCAAUCAUGUCUGUAUGGAGACUCCCAAUCUGCCGAUAGCAUCACUUGGGAUUUGAACCCUGGAUUGCUGUGGUAGUAGGCUAGCAUAAUUUACUACUGCGCCACACAUGUGCCUAUUUUGUUAAGUAUUUUCUUCAUCCUUUUUCCUUGCUAAUGUUGUAAGACAGAUGUACAUAUGUAUUUGUCAUUUUCAAAUGUAAUUAAUUUUUCCAUUUUUUUCCAUUUAAAACUGUUUAUGUUCUUACUUCAAUGCACAAAGUGUUUACUAUUAAAGUGACACUUUACAUAUUGUAGAUUUGGAAUGUACUGUUGUCUUGUAGAUAAAAGAUGAAUAUAGUCAAGUGUUAAUGAAAUAUAAUGUCCAUGUGAUUUAACUGGAGCUUAAAGAAUUUUGGUUGUUUUUUUGCUUUGAGUUUUGUAAAUAUACUGCCUGUAUUCAUAACUCAUCUUACUGAGGGCUAUACCACAAAGCAGGACUUCUGGGUUAGUCAGCUAACUGUAAUUUACUGGACUUCUUAGUAUCCAGUUGAUUCACCAUGGCAUCUUACCCUCCAUAGCUAAUCUGUUUAGGAGGGGGUAUGUAAGAGCCAGUCAAAAGGUAAACAGACUGUCAGGUAUUAGCUUUUAGGCUUUUUGUUAGCCUAAAACAAUCCCAAAUUUGUUAUUAACUAGUAGGGAUUACACAUCAAAUCCACUUUAUGAGGAGCACCAUGCUAUUUGCUAUCACAGCAGCCUCAUUUCAUUGUGGCAUUGAGUUUUCUACAAGUUAUUGCAGAUUUCCUUUUGUCAGCUGCACAUCUAUGCUUUGAAUCACAUACUCUAUCAAAGCCUGAUUUAUUGAAUCCAUAUCUAGUGACUGGGUAGCUCAGUGAAGUACACUAAACUCAUUGUCAUGUUUAUAAAACCAGUCUUUGAUGGUUUGCUAUGUUACAUGUAUCCAUAUAGCCAAGUAGCCAUUAGAAAACGGUUCAAUUGUUCAAUUGUAAAUGUGCAGUUCUUGACUGGUAUUGUGCUGCUGCUACAUGACUGGCUAAAACAUGUUCCUAAUAAAGUGGGCAGUGAUUGUAUAUGGGUAAUAUGUUUGUUUUUAUAGUAUUUGGGUACUUUUACUACGCUAAUGAGAUGAUGUAACAUUAACUGUAAAAUCUUGUAUGAGUUACCAUAGUGUCACUCACCUUUCUAGAUUACCCUAGACUUGGAGUGUGUACGUGCAUAUACACUGAUCAGCCAUAACAUUACAACCACCUCCUUGUUUCUACACUCACUGUCCAUUUUAUCAGCU